AUGGACCGCCAGCUGGCACAUCGUGCAGCAGGGGCCGCAAACAAGGGAGGGUAUGACUUUCAUCAGCACUUGCACGGAGGCAGCAGGAGCUGUGCAGAGGAGCAGGGGGCCAAGUCAGGCGCUGGCUGCCGCGGGGUGACCAAGGCGCGUGGAAGGGGCAGGCAGCACCCACAGCGGGCAGAAGGCACACGCAGGGCAGGCGCACCAUCGUCCAAGGUUCUGGUGCUGGGAGGAGACAGGCACAGCGAAAAGGACAACCCGCCAAAGAGGGCUAAGGCAGUCGUUAGCAGGCAGACAGCAGCAGCGAUCAGGUUCAACCACUACAGCACAGGACAUGGCUUCUGGGUACACUUUCGAGGCAUUUGGCAAAGACCAUGCAAGAUCCUGCCACAGCAACCGCAGAGGAGUCAGGACUUCCAGCCGGCUCCCCUCCAGCCAGCGAUCAUGGAGCUGCAUGUGGAGGAGCCCCCACAGCAGCAAGACACACCUGCAGCCACGGGCACCAAGGAAGCAGCCACAUGCUCUGACAAGGACACAGCACAAACUGAUCGGCAGGCAGCAGACAUCAAGGCACCAGAAAGCAGCGCACCAGGCAAAGUGGCCAUCCCUGUCAGCACUGGAGAAGCCAAGGAUUCAGUCACAAGCGCGCAGAGGCAGCAAGCAGUUGCGGGUGAGGAGCGGCAUAUGAGAGUGGACAUGCAGACCAACUGGGCGGAGGAGAGUGUGCUGCUGACAAUGCAUGUGGGCAAGCUGUGCUACAUGCGCAAGACACUGCUGGACAUGCGAAGGCAUGUCCGCAGCGGCUGCCUGCCAAACUGGACCGCAACACAGGAGGACGAGGACUUCUUGCUGAGGGCCAGCGAGCUGCUGCCGCCUGCCAAAGAGAGCCCAGAGAGGCUGAGCAACGGCCCCCGGAUCGGUGGUAACUCAGCAAUGAUGCAGAAUGAGCGCGGCUCCACCUGGCGCCCGCAGCAGCCGCCGCUGCCGCAGCCCUUGCAGCAAAUAUCGUCACCCUACCUAGCGCCUGCACGGCAGAAUGCUAUGACUAACGGCUACCCUGGACCCCCACACCGGCUCAUGAGGCAGCCAAUUGUGAGACCCCCAGGCCAGCCUCAACUGGAGCCAGAGUGGAAGGCUGCUCCGAACGUCGCGCUGCCCGGCAAGAAGAGCACGGUGUCCGGCCAGUCUAGCAGCUCAACCACUGCCAGCACAGCGGCUCCCAGCGCUUCACAGCCCGGCAACAGGAGGAUAGUGUCUGGCCAGUCCAGCUGGUCAGGCGCUGACAGCACAGAGAGCAGCGCCAGCGCCGACUAUGUCAUGCCCAAGCGCCCGCAGCCGACCCUCUUCAGGAGCGGCGAGGAGGAAGCUGACAGCAAAGCUGCCGGGAAGCUGCAGAAGACAUGGGCGGAAGGUUCGGUGCAGCCGCGCCACGCGCCGCCCAGAUUCCUGGAGCCGGAUUUCCGCCAAGAAAAGCCCGAUGCGCGCUCCAAGCAUCCUCCCGGGGAUGAGGAGGGCGCUGACUGGACCAUCCCAGCCAUCAGCAGGCCAGAGGCAGAGGGGCCGCACAACAUCAUGGAGGAUCUGCUUCCCAAGGCAGCCAAGCCAGUUCUGCUACACAAGGCGACCCAGACAUAUUCCAGGCGCGAAGAGUCAGGAGGGAACUCCCCCGAGACGGACAGCAGCGGCUCAUCCAAGGAUUCUGUCGGCACCACUCUGCGCGUGGACGCGCCUGUCUUCGUCAGCGCUGCAGCACAGAAGGCUCCUGCCAGGGCGACCCUUCGCCACGAGGCACCGGAGUUUGUGAGCACUACUCUGCAGGAGCUGCCCGCACACAACAAGCUGCCCUCAGCUGUCGUGCAUCAGGGGGCAGCGGCAGCUGCAGCAGAGGGGCCCCUGAUUGCCGCCAAAUAUCAAGACAUCAUGUAUCAGACUGCAGCACAGACUCCCAUCCAGGAGCAGGCCAGCUCAGCAGCUCCAAUCCCCGCCCUUCCCACACUGCAGCCCAUUCGCACAGCGGAUGCCGCCAUAAAAACCUCGGUCUGGACUGCGUGGCAGCCAAAGGAGAAAGAGUCCCCGCGCUCAGAAUCCGACAGCGCUGCGCACACCAGCUUUGCAGACGUGGUCAAGAAGCAGGCGGCAGCGGCAGCCAAGGUGAGCCGCUUCAAGCCGGGCCGGCCCGCGGACCUCGGCCCGCUCUUCCUGGCAGUCAGCAAGCCCAAGGCCCCAGAGGGAACGCCUGAUGACAGUACUCAAGGCCAUCUGUACUGCCAGCAGAAGUCAUCAGAAGCCGCUGCUGUCCCCAAUGGCCUGCUGCCAGCUGUGCAGCCGCCUCCAGCCAGCACCCUGCAGCCGACAGUCAACCAGAGCGCCAAUGCACCGCCAGCAGGAGCCUGGGCCCACAAGCUGCCGACGCUGUACGACCUGUCAAUUUCCCAGCAUCCCAGGGCCGCCAAUCCGCAGCAGCCGCCGCUCGCGCCGCCGGUGGUGGUGCAGCCGGCAGCUAAUAUGGAACGCCCUCCUCCCAUGCCUGCCCCAAGCCGGCUCUUUGCCAGCGCUGUGGCCGCCAGCAGCUACCGCCGGCCCUCGGCUUCCGAGCCCAAGAAGAUCCCGGUACAGCCAGAGAUGCCUGUGGCGCGCAGGGAGGCCCCGGCAGCCGAGGCGAAGCCGAGCAAGAAGGUUCGCUGGUGGGAGACCGACACCGGCGCAGCGACUGUGGUCCAGAUGCAGGAAGUGUACGGCGGCGAGCGGCGCGCAGACAACACGAUGGCCGUCAGCCGCGAACUGGACGACUUUGACCGCCUCGGCCUGCUGGCCCCCACUCAGAUGCCCAUCGGCUCUGCCAAGCUGAAGCAGAAGAGGCCGGCGCACAAGCCGGUGCCGGCGCAGACCGCAGCAUACCCAAAGCUGCGCCCGGCGCCACAUGGCAUGCAUGUGCAAGUGCCUGCCGGCGAGGAAUUCAGCGAUGCAAACCCCUUCACUGCGCUGCAGUGA